GUUUAAAAGAAGGAAAGCUAUUGAGUUAGAUAUAUAAUAUGGGGGUUAAGAACGAAAUAAAGAAACCCGGGUUUCUUUUGUUAAAUUGAGAAAAGAUGAGGGUUAAUUUUGCAAUUUCCCCUAUUAUUUCUCAAUAUAAAUUCGAUAGGAAACGGAAAAAAAAACCUCAAUAACAUAUUAUAAAUUGCGAGCUAAAUUUGUAAUUUCCUAUUAUAUUCCGGCGAAAUCACCUCAAUAACAAACCCUCUUCAGUGACAGAAUCCACAAACGAUUUUUCUUGAUUCUUCUUGUUUUUCCGCGAUCUCUUGAUUUUUUUUUUUUCAUUUUCUUGGAUAUUAUGGCUUGGAUUCCGCCGUGGACGAGGGACGAUGACAAGCGUUUUGAGUUAGCCCUGGUGAUAUUCCCGGAGGGCUCGCCGUCGUUUUUGGAGAACAUCGCUCAGCUUCUGCAGAAACCUUUGGGGUUGGUAAAGUACCACUACGACGCAUUGGUCUACGAUGUUGCGCUUGUCGAAUCGGGUAAGUAUGCUUUACCCAAGUACCCGGACGACGAUAACGUGUCACUGACGGAAGCGACUCAGUCCAAACACGGGAUUCCUUGGACAGAAGAGGAACACAGAUUGUUUCUGGAUGGAUUGAACAAGUAUGGGAAAGGAGCUUGGAGUAUGAUAUCAAGGGAAUUUGUGAAGACAAGGACCAAAAUACAAGUAGCAAGCCAUGCACAGAAGUAUGACAAAAGGCAAAAAUUGGACAUUAAUAAGAGGAAACGCAGGAGUAUCCAUGACAUAACGUCGGAGUCUACCAUGGGCAAGCCAGAUAACUUUGGAGUCUAACUUGGAGUUGUUCCUUUUCUGUAGUUUCAGUAUAUGAGGAUAUGAGUUCGCUUGAUGUGUAUAGGAUGAUGACGAUAUCAAGUAUAUGAGUAUAUGAUGAGUUUUGCUUGACGAUGAUGUUUUAGUGUUUAGGGGGAUGAUGAUGACGAUGAUUGAUGAAGCGUAUAAGACCGGUUUGAACAAACUAUAAAUGUUUUGUUUUGCGACC